CCGGCGGCCGACUCGACUUCCCGCGGCUGCGACUCCUGUGUCGUCGAGUGCUGGACAGUGUUAUCUACUUACGCGCCGAUAAGACGAUGGUCUGAAGCCGGCGGUUGUUUUGUUUGUCUGAGUUGUUGCCCGAUAGACAGCGAUGGAGACUUGCGUGCUGAUUCCUCAGGAGUUCUCUCUGGUGCUGACGCCCCCUGACGGCCGGUUCCCCAAGAAGCGAGGACCGGAGGUGAAUGUCAACGUUUGGACCAAUGCCAAAAUCCCCCAGGGCACGCUGAUAUACCCCUUUCAAGGCACUAUCAGGCUUGACAAGCUCGAGGUCUACAGCUACCUCGACGAUAAUGACAUAAGACACCGGUUUGGAUGCUAUGACGAGAUCACGGAGGUGGACAGACGGAGGGUGCGCCAUUGCAACUGGGUGCGUUUCCUCAGGACCACCACCACCUACAGUGCUGAGGUCAACAUCAUAGGCACCAAGGUCAAAGGUGAACCGAUCUACGAGGCCGUGAAGACCAUACCCGCCAACUCGGAGCUCGUGGUGUACUAUCUGCCCGAGAGACCGGAGGAUGUGUUCUUCAUGCCUGCGGUACACUACCUGCGGCACUCCCUGUACCGGAGGACCAUGGACACCAUCCUGGAGGACUCUCCGCUGGACCUGUCCAUGUCGCUGCUGUCUCGAGCGCUCAUCACGUCCACCGCAUCCUCUCCUCCCGGCGGCCACGACACAGACGAGAGGAAGUCGCUGUCAGGCGAGUCCUCCGGAGCCUCCACGGCCGGAGACCUGCUCCUGGACGCCAGACACGCCCAAGUGUCUCCCAAGACGCGGCCGGCCCGAGGGGAGCGCACCUUACUGCCGUGCGAGGUUUGCGGGAAGGCAUUCGACAGACCCAGCCUCCUCAAGCGACAUAUGAGGACCCACACGGGAGAGAAGCCUCACGUAUGCAUGGUCUGCAACAAGGGGUUCUCGACGUCCAGUAGUCUAAACACCCACCGGCGUAUCCACAGCGGAGAGAAGCCGCACCAGUGUCAGGUCUGCGGCAAGCGGUUCACGGCCAGCAGCAACCUUUACUACCACCGCAUGACGCAUAUCAAGGAGAAACCCCACAAAUGCGGGCUGUGCUCCAAGUCAUUUCCCACCCCCGGUGACCUCAAGUCCCACAUGUACGUCCACAACGGGUCCUGGCCCUUCAAGUGUCACAUCUGCAACCGUGGCUUCAGCAAACACACCAAUCUCAAGAACCACCUCUUCUUGCACACAGGGGACAAGCCUCACGCAUGCGAGCUUUGCCACAAGAAGUUCGCGCUUGCCUGCAAUCUGCGAGCCCACAUGAAGACACACGAAGCAGGAGACACCCAGGAGGAGUGCAUGCGGUGUGGCAAGAUGUUCCUGGCUUCCGGGCAAGUGACAGGAUACUGUCCCCAGUGCUUGACCUCCCAGGGAGCUCCCGGCAAGGAUCUGGCUUCCUGCGGGGACUCCGGGAGCGAGGAGUCCUGUACCACCGAGGAUCGGGAGGAUGACGACCACCAUGUUGCCGAGAACCUCCCAGAACCACGUUCACUCGGCGCUCCCUGUUGAUCAGACCCCAUCCAUCUUCGUCGAUCUGCAAGCCAAAAUCUUAUAUAUUACUUAAUUGAGGUUUAUUCUCGUAUGAAUUAUCGUUUCACAUUUUUCAAUUUUAAAUUAUUUAUUGCGCUUUUUCACCCUUCCUUCUUUCACCUAUUCUAUUCAUCCUUAUCUACCUAACAAUCAUAAAAGUACUAUUUUAUUGUAUCCAAAAGUGUAGAUUAAUUUUUAGUGAAUGUUUUUAUAUUCCCGGUUAACAGAAUGUUAAAUAAAAAUGUGUGAUAUACAGGAUCUCAAAAGACGUUUGCAAUCUGCUGGAUAUUUCUGAAUGAUGGCUUCGGAGGAGAGUGUUGGGCAGUACUCAUCAAUAUUUCUUCCGAUAUAGGAGUAAAACGAAACGUCUUAUUAAACUACAACACCAAAGAAUCAGAAAACAGGUUAUCACAAAAAUAGUGUACAUACAACAUCCAAAACGUUGUCGCUAGAAUCAAUGAUGACAAGCAAAUUUAAUAAAUUGUUAGUGUUCCUCAAGUAUUCAAUGUUUAUAACUCUCUAAAUAUUUGAAUUGACUGAUAUUCUCGGCAUUUUAUUUUAUAUCCUGUUCAGCUGCUAUCUAUAUACUAUAUUUAUAAUGAUUAUGGCCGACUUCUGGUACACUCUUCUAACUAAAAUGUGGAAUUAUAACUCUCAUUACAAUCACACUCAUAAUGCUCACUAACAAUAAUGAGGUCCAGUUAUUAUAAUACGACGACUUUAGUUAGUCUCAAAAAGGAAAGCAUUGUUUGCAAUAAAGGAAACACGAACAAUUCUCUAAAUUCCAAGCGAAAGUAGUUCACGUAUUACUGAUUGUGAAUCCACUACGUUUAAAAAAUCCAUACACCGAUUAAUUUGCUACUUUAUAUCGUAACUUUAUUCUUCGUUUCAUAUAUUACAUAAAAUUUUCUCUCUAGAGAGGAAUUUUUAAACAGAAAACUACGUCAAAAUAACAUACUCCAGAUAUUACACUUUGUGUGAGCAUAUAAUAAUAAUGUAUAUUAGCAGUAAUUACUUUUAUUUUAAAGAGAACAACUCAUCAUAAAGCUCUAAUAAAGCAUUAAUGACAAAAUCUAGCGUUAUGUAUUUUUCAUAAAGGCAGCAGAAGUGAAACAGGUCGACAGUAAUAUUAUCUGGCGUUAUUGCCAUCUCCAACUGAGAGUCCAGCGGGAGCAUUAUCAGAUGAUCUGCGGGCGGUCUGAAUGACGAGCUUAUCAAUGACAUCUGCGCAUGCGUAGUCCACCGGUCUCUCUGACCGUCGCGACUGCGCCUGCGCGGGGACCGAGGCCUCGAGCCGACACGGUUUGAUCGAUCGGCCGAUAACAUCACUGCCGUGGCGUAUGGCUCGAUCUGGGUGGCCUGGAUAUUAUUCCGCUCGACUCUAAUUUUGAACAAAUCACCGGUAAUUUGUUUGGAAAGUUGGCGGCAUUUUUCAACCCGAUCGCGGGCGCUGGAACGUUCAAAUUGUGAAACUGUUGAAUUUAUUGGCGCGGUUUAUUUUAUUUUGACGCAAUAAGUUUUGUUAGAUUAGUGUGAGGUUGCACUUUCUGAAUAGCAAUGUCAAUUGAAACUGCUUUACACACACACAAAAUAAAAUACCUUUAAAUCAUGCAUUUUGAUUCAAGAAAUACAAAUUAUAACUUGAUCGUGAAGCUCAACUUGAUAAAAUUAAUUUUACAUGAAUCCUCAUCCCUUCCCGAUAUGUUUCUAAUUCUAAUUUGAAUAUAAACAACAUCAGAUCUUCUUAAAGUUUUGGAGAUGAUUAAAUAAUGUUCUAUUACAUACUGCUAUAUUUCCCUCUUUCUAUACAGCGUCCUGACUAAUUUCUGUGUUUCCUACCCCAAAAGAUGAUUCCCCAACAAAUUUGAUCGCUUUGUAUUCCUUGUAUUUAUCUAAGACUUGUGUAAGCCAGUUGUGUAGAAUGUACAAAUAGUUAUCGGUUAUCUCAUUAGUAUCUUGCCAAUGUACAAAGUCUGCCUUAAUGUAGCCUUAGGUUAUUUGAACGUGAUAAUUUAUUUAGUUAUGUUGGUAAUAUUUUAUUAUAAGUACAUAUUUAAAACAGUCUUGUACUAUCUUGACUGUGGACUGACAUUACGUGUGAUCUUACUUACGUGGGACAGGAAGAUACUGGUGUAAGCGUAGCACUUAAAUAAUAUUUAUUUGUAUGUAAAUAUCCGCAGAGAAUAACUAAGUGUUGAGUUUGUUAUUUGCUUUAUUUAUGUCCAUAGCGUACGAUAUUAGUGUGUUAACGUUGGUGUGAUCAUCCAAAAUGUGCCAAAAUCGUGGGAUUUUGCGCUUUUGGAUGCAACAAAGACUUUUGUGAUCUGUUUAUAGUUAGUUUCAAGUGUUAUCUAUUUAAUCCUAAGCCUAUCUUUGCUUCAUUACGUUAUUUUUGAAUAAUUUAUUAUAACAAUAUCACCAAAUCAUACUAUUUCAAGAAUGUAUGUUAACAAAUAUGUUUCCGAGUAAGUUUUAAAUAAGGAAGAAAUGUUUAUUAGAAUAAUAAAUUGCAAUUUACAACACUGUUCAAGUAGGAUGAACAUUACAGACACGACCAAACUAUUGGUGAAAGUUAUGUUGAAAUAUAGUUAUCAAAAGCUGUCAGUACUUGAUACCAUAUAGUUUGUUGACUCAUAAGAGCAAUGUUAAACCUCAUUCACCAUUACAACCUCAUUAUGCAUGUAUUAUGCAAUUCAAUUGUAGGAUAAUGGGGUACGCUUCCAAGCGCUUCUAAGGUUUUUUAUAGAUUAUUCAGAAAGUCUCGGACUUUUUUGUACUAAUAUUAAACACAAAAGCGUGGACGUGAAUUGAUUAUUUCUUUAAAUUGAUAUACCUCCUAUAUUGCUACGAUAAACAAUAAGGUCUUAAAAGUACAUGAGGUUUAACACUGUUAGGAAAACUCAAGUUCUUUUCUCUACAACCGGCUUUUAAAAGUAUACAGCAAUACAACGAAUUAAUGCCAUUUAUUUUCAUGCCGUUUAAAUUUUUAGUAGCAUAAAUUCUCUCUUCCCAUGUUAGAGAAGGACAAAUGUACUGUAAAUCAACUUUGUAAAUAUGCGAGAUUAUCUAACUAUGUAUCGUUGUAUAUAAUGUUGUAAAGUGUUCACAAUUUCACCUGAAAAUGCUCAAAUUGCUCAACUAUAUCUGGCAUGUCUGGAAGAAGGCUUUAAAUUAAAAUGUUAAUGUUAAUUUGCAUAUAUAUCUAGUCAUGUAUAUAUACUUUAAAUAUUGUAAAUAAUGUUUCCCACUGAAUAUUAUAUUAUUUUUGUAAAUUAAAUCAUGUAU